AUGUCUAAACUAGUCAUCGAUACCAUUGAGAGAACAGACGAUUAUGUUUGUUUCAUUGAAGAAUUGAAGGCCUUUCAUAAUCGCAAAGGCACUACGCUCCUCUCUGAACCAGUGUUGGGAGGGAAAAAGAUUGAUUUGUAUAAACUGUACCAAGAGGUUGUUACUGCUGGCGGUUUCGACCAGGUGACCAAGAAACGCAGUUGGAAGCAAAUAGGCGCAGUGUUUGAAUUUCCAGCAACAUGUACAAAUUCUGCCUACAUUUUGAAAGGCCUUUACAUCCGAAAUCUGUUGGGCUGGGAGGAAGAGCAGAUUUGGUGCAAGGAAUGGGUCCCGCCAGAAGAACUGAAAGGGCCAGAAGCGCACAAGGCAUCAACACUUGCUGGAAAGACUUAUAGAAAAUGCAAACACAAGAACCAUCAGCACCAUGAUCAUGUGUCGGCUGCUCAUGAGACUCUGAUCCUACCGAACAAACGAAGCACCUCCAGCACAGCAUUGCCUUUCAACCUGAUCACCACGAACGAAGUGCAUCGAUGUGAGAUUUCAGAAAGACAUCAUCAAACACAGCCGUUUGAGCACGUUCAUUCUACUGAAUCUGGAGCCGACACAGACUGUGUAACAGGUAACGAAUUUGACGAAAAUGCAAAAAGACGAGUGAUACCUGCGCUGCAAUCUAGCAGCCAGUCAGACGUGGAAUGGGCACUCAACAACAUUGUCACCAUCUCGUACGAAUGUCCUCAAAAAUUGCUUCUCGUGGAGAAUCCAGCACUACUAGAGGCACUAUUACAAAAAGCCGAACUAUGUCUACAAGAUACCUUAUUCUCGAAACCAGAUAAUGCCAUUUCUCAUACAACCAUCCUUAAAAUCCUUCACAUUAUUCGAAACUUUUCGUUCAUCGAGUCCAACACACGUGUGUUUGCGGCUCAUGCUGGAUUUAAGCAGAUGCUGAUCAAGUGCCUGGUCAUGACCAACUCGUCUCACUACAGCCAUUGCAUCGACAUUCUGGAAAAUAUGACGCCUUUUGUGGAAUUAGGACCCUUUGAUUCCAUCAUUGGCUGUCUCAACAGCUUGCUGAUGAGUGCAACGGAACGAUCCGUCAUUUUAGGCUCGAUUCGUAUCCUCACCAUGUUGGCAUCCAACUCGAUCUCCAACCUGCACUACCUGCUUCCCACGUCAAAUCAAGUGGCAAACAGAAUAACACAGUUUUUGAUUGCCAACGACGAAGAGCUGAUAGGCGUUAGUUUGGAAUACCUGUUUCAAUACAGUCGACAGUCCAUUUCAUUUGGCCAGCAUUUACUGGCAUUGCACGAUGGCGCAGAUAUUGGCAUCAUGGUCUCUUUGCUCAUGACACCCUGCAAGUUCUUCCGUCCUCUCAUCGUGCACCAACAGGACUCACCUCAACGAUCCAACUCAGGUGAUUCGCUAUUUGUCACACAUCAGCAUGGCAGUGUGCCUUGUGUGCCCAAUCUCAGUUCAUAUCAGCAGCUGGAUGAGCCGUAUCGUUGUUUAGGUUGGCUCAAAGACAAAUUUGAACUAUCCAAUGCAAGCAGCGUGUUGUCGCUGGAUGAUAUGUAUCUGUUGUACGAGAUGCGGUUUGGCCAUGAAAAGGCCUUACGGAUGAAGGAAUUCUACACUGUGCUGAAGAUUGCUUUUCCCAUUGCUACAGGUUCCAUUGAUGGCUCUCCUGGCAGGCAGGGCGCUAUUUUGGAAGGCACAACCAUUCGUGGACUGCAGGUCAAGAUGUGUAUUCUGCAAGAUGGCAGCGAGUUGAUGUGCCAAUGGACAAACUGUUCUCAGAGCUUUGAUGAUGAGCAACUGCUGCAAAGCCACGUUUUGCACGACCAUAUACCUUCCGUGGCAUCAUCCAGUAAUUGCAUGUGGAUUGAUUGCGACGAUGCAUCAUUUAGAGAUCCAAACGAACUGUCUUCCCAUGUAAAAGACUCUCAUCUACCAGGAUUCACCGAUAAUUCAGAUAUUCAAGGUGUGGCAUUGGUGGCCGCUCAACUGCUCAAGGUGCUCUCUCGUAAUCCCAAUAGUCAUGUGUGCUUCAUGCCAUACGAGCAAGAAUUGGUCAUGAUGACUCGAAGACGACCGAAAUUGACGCCUUUCAUAGAGACCAUGUUCUCCAACUUUCGUAUAGCUUCUUCCACAUCCACUUCAUCCGCUUCAUCAUCUACUGCAUCACUCAAUAAUUAG